CCUUUGUAGAUUUUUGAUUAGACAUGUAUGUUGUCGGUCGUCGGAGUCCGACUGAUAUUUAAUUCUGAUUCUAGUUUCUCUCGAGUAGUCGAGAAGUCGAAUCUCGAUUCUCGAUAGUAGUUAGUAUAGUAUAGUCGAUAUACUAUAUAGGUAAUACAAUACACGUCUAAUACGAUUUACCCGCGAGUCGAUAAUUUUUCAUUUUCAUCAUUUUGAUUCAACGUGUAUUCUCUACUAAUAGUACUAUAUAACGUCGGUUCACUCGGUUCUUAAAUUACAUUUUAUUGACUGUACGACAUUAUACUAGAACUAGAGUUACCAUUUGUUUUAUAAAUAUUUUUAUCGGAUAUUCAGUACAUUUAUACUUGUUUAUUACAUGUUUAAGAUUAUACUCAAUUAUAGUCACAAUUCAAGAUAUUGUAUCUGCUAUUCCGAAUCAAUAAUAUACGAAAUUUGAUUAUCAUGAUAACAAUAUCGACAAAAUGAAAUGGAAUCGUACCGCAAAUAUAGUUCAAGACAUCAUGACUCCCGUCACCACAACAAGCACCACAAACAUCGACACCGUCAUCAUCAUUAUAGGUAUGAUGAGGAGGAGUAUGAAUCGCAUCGAGUUCAUCAGCGACAUCACAACCACAGAAGCAGCGAUGAUGAUAGCGAAUACGAGAAUUAUAGGGUUCCACCUACAAGAGUUGAGAAACCUCCUUCACCAAUGUAUCAUCAACCUACUAGAAGACCAACUACUCCACCACCACCACCUCCGCCACCACCACCACCGCCAACUGUACCAAUUAUUGAAAAGCCAAAAGAACGCAAUUGGAAACUUUUAGCUGAUCCAUUUCUUACCAAAGCGGUCACUAAAAUAUAUCGCUACGAUGGGGUUGUAGAUCCCUCGUAUCCUGAAUUGCCCGUUGAAGAUCCACGAAAGACAUUUAAAACUAUUACUUUACCCAUUGAAUUAGCAGUACCUAAAUUUAAGCUUGAUAGAAACUACAUUGGCCAACGCCCUGAAGUUGAAGUAACCUUCUCUAAUUUAAAUGAUAAUAUUGAUAAAGUGUUUUUAACUGAUUUGGUUGUGAAAUUUGGAAAAAUAGAGUUGUUACAAAUAUUCUACCAUCCAGUCACUAAAAAACAUUUGGGUUUAGCCAAAAUUAUUUUUGAAGAAGCAUCAUCAGCUAGAUAUUGUGUUCAACGAUUAAAUGAUACAUCUGUGAUGGGAAAAGUUGUCAAUGUUUUUUUGGACCCUUUUGCUUCAGAAUGUAAAAUAAUGUUUGAUAAGAUGAUUGAAGAAAAACCAAAACCUGUGUUGGAAAUACCUAAAGUUAAACCACAUAUUGUUUCUAAUCGAGAUCGACGGUCAGUUAAAAUGUGUAAAUCCAAAGAAGAAUCUUCUGUUAAACCUCUAACUGAAGAGAAAUCAUCAUUGCCACCUAAAACAGAUAAUUACAAAACUUAUAGUUAUGAUUAUACUACUCCUUCUCCAGCCACCAGUGAUCUUCCAUCAGAGCAAAGUUAUAGCAGUGGAUAUAAUAGUAUGGGUGGUACUCCUGCAUACAACGGGACUUAUCCCUAUUCCUUUAAUAGAUAUCCUUGCAAUGUUCCUCCAGUACCAAAUAAUCAUUGGUGGGGAGAAUCUAGUCCUAUAGCGCCACCUUUACCCUCAGCACCAGUACCAGCACCAAUACCGGUACCUGCACCAGCACCAGCCUCUAAAUUAGAUUCUGAAGCACAGUCAAAAUUGGAUUUAGAUACAAGAAUUGAAAUGCUGCUUAGUGGCAUGUCAUCGCAAGGUGCUAGUGUAGAACCUGCAUUUUUAUCUAUUGUAAAAAAAGAUCCUGAAGAUGUUGCUGACAUUGUAGAAGAUACUAUUGAUGACGAUAUUAUUCUAAAUCUUCCUCCACCCCCUGGAGAUAAUGACAAUCAAUCUGAUUUAGAUGAAGAAAAAGUUAGCAAUGAUGAAGAAAUAUUUCCUCCACUUUCUAAUCCUCCGUCACCUUUCCUAUCAAAAGAUAUUUAUCUUCAGUGUUUUGAAACUGCAGCUGAGCAAUUAAAAAUUACCAAAGAAAAGGAGAAAUUAGAAGCAAAAAGCUUUUUAAAUAAUUCAAUAAGGAAUGUUAUCAGUAAGAAUAUGCAUGAUUCUCUGCAUAGUGAUAUCAGCUCCAGUGAUGAUGAAUUCAUGUUAGGAUCAAGUCCUAAAGGAAAUACUCCUGAUGAUGCAAUGAGUUUAUCUAGUUUGUCAUCCCGUGAUGAGAAGAUUGUUGAAAAUGAUCCUAAUAUACUACCACAGUAUCCACCAUUACCAAAUUACCCCCCUCAAGGAUAUUAUUAUCCGCCACAAUUUAACAAUCAUUAUGGCUAUCAAUAUUUUCCAUACCCUCCUAAUUAUCCAUAUGGUCCUCCGUUACCUAGAACCGAGUUUUAUGAACCAGAACUACCACGUGAUAGACAUGAAAAUAAAAAUUUCCCUGCAGAACUUAGAAAGAGUUUAAUGAAUGCUGUGUUAUACGAGUUAAGAGUUAUUAUUAAACGUGACCUUAUGAAGAAAAUGGGGACAGCUGUCGCUUUUAAUGCUAUGGAUCAAUGGUGGGAAGAAGCAGAAAGGCAGUCAAAAUCUACUAGUGUGACUAACGAAGAGCCUAAAUCUGCACAACCAGCUCCUAACCUUAAUAGUAUCUUGGAAGCUGGAACAGAAGGCUUAGAAACGUUGGCUCUAAGUGGAUUAGGUUUAGGAUUCCGAGCAGCUAUUCCUAAAAUGCCGUCUUUCCGUAGAAAAAAGAAGGAACCAUCCCCCAAGAAAACUAAUGAACAGGAAGAUAAUGGAAGUGAUCAAGAAGAAAUGGUUAUAACUUCAGAUAAUGAAGCCAAAGAUAUUGAUGAUGAUGAAGUUACUAGACCUACAUUUGCUGAACGAAAACGUUUAGGAAGAGACUUGUUUGACAGUGAUAGUAAUUCAUCUACUUCUGAACCGUCAGUCCAUAGUUCUUCUGAGGAAGAAUCUAGCAAUGAUAACUCUAGUAAUGAGGGUUCAUCUGAUGGAUUUGUCUGGCAAAAUAAAUUGAAAAAGUUAUGUAAAACUAUGACUAUGGAAGAUUUUGAUAGAGUCAGGGAGCUCACACCUACUGGUUAUGAAACUCCUAUGGAAAUAGAUAGUUUACCGAGUUCUGAUGAAGAAGGAUCAUUUGUGAAGUAUAAACGUGAUGAUAAAGCUGUUAAGAGAAAGAUAGAAGAUGAGCAUUUAGAUAAAUUAGUUGAACCUAAAAAACGUUUACUAAAUGGAGAAAUAACCCCCACUGAAGAAACCCCUAGUGGAGUAUUUUCCGAUCACUCAUAUUGUAUGCCUCAACAAGUAUACAGUCCUCCUCCUAUAUCUGAUUGGGAAACUGAAGUUGACAUAAUUGAUAAAUCUACGAGUUCAAUAACACAACCAGUAAUGAAUGAACCAAAAAUACCAGAAGUCUUUCCAAAAAAAACAAAACAGCCAUUAACUAUCAGAGACAAUAAUAAACAAGAAAACACUGAUCAGUUAAUUGUACAGAAACAUCGUGAUAAUCAAAUUAAGACCAAAUAUUUCAAUAAACGAGAUAUGGUACAAGAAGCAACUGUAUUAUUUGAGUUCCUUACUAAGGGUAUAGAUGUGGAAGAUAUUAAUUAUUUAAAACAAAGCUAUGAUUCAUUAUUGUCCAAUGAUACUGUACACUACUGGAUGAACGAAACACAUUGGGUUAGCCAUCCAGUGACAGCAGUACCAAAUCAGCUUCCACGAAAAAAGAAAAAAGAUGAAUGGAAAGUUCAUGAUACAGGAUGCGGUAGAACAGAAGGUUAUUAUAAAGUAGACAGUAAACAAAAAGCCAACCAUAAGUAUCAUUUUGGACACACAAUUGCUCAAUUGAACCGUAUCACAGAACUUAAGCGUGUUAAAGAAUCUACUGGAAAAAUGUUGGCUCUUUCUCGUGAAGCACGUAGUAACCAAAGAAGAUUAUUAACUGCUUUUGGGGCUACAUCAGACAGUGAUUUGCUCAAAUUCAAUGUGUUAAAAUUCCGUAAAAAACAAUUGAAAUUUGGAAAGUCUGCUAUACAUGAUUGGGGUUUGUUUGCUAUGGAGUCUAUUGCAGCUGAUGAAAUGGUUAUUGAGUAUGUUGGGCAAAUGGUUCGCCCCGUGGUUGCUGAUUUACGUGAACGACAAUAUGAAGCUACUGGCAUAGGUAGCUCAUAUCUGUUCAGAAUAGAUUUGGAUACCAUCAUUGAUGCUACUAAAUGUGGUAAUCUUGCAAGAUUUAUUAAUCACAGUUGUAAUCCUAAUUGUUAUGCCAAGAUAAUUCAAAUUGAUGGACAGAAGAAAAUUGUCAUAUAUAGUAAACAGCCAAUUGGUGUAAAUGAGGAAAUAACUUAUGAUUAUAAAUUCCCACUUGAAGAAAACAAAAUACCAUGUUUGUGUGGUACCCAUUGUUGCCGCGGAACGCUCAACUAGUUGGAGAAUAUUUAUUAAAUAAAUUGAUUUUGUAUUAUAAUUGUUUUACACUUUUCCCAUAUAAUUCUCGCUAGUUUGUUUUGAUAAAACAAAUAUGACUGAUGUACAAGUUUUUGUUUUGCAUCGCUUCAUCAACUUGAAGCGCUUGCAUUUUUUUUUCUUUUUAUUAUUACUAUAUAUGUACAUAUUGUAAAAUUAUUAAAUAUGUAUUAUUAAUAUAAUAACAGUUCCAUGUUUUAUUUAUUGAAAA